UCUGCGCUCGAUGCGCCAACCCAGAUGACUUUAUGGAAAGUGCCGGCAAUGCUGUAAUUGACUUUGGACGCUUCCUCACGGGUUUCCUCGUGUUGAUGGGCAUUGCUCUCCCAGCAGUCCUCGCCCACAGCGGCGCCAUCGAGAUCCCUGCUAUGGUCAUGUCCAUCCUCGGCGGUCUCCUCAUCUACGGCACGAUCAUCAGCUUCUCCAUGUUCUUCAAGGAACAGGAGGAGUUCUGACUAGAAGAAUGAAAAUCAACCACAAAUACGAGUCCUAUAUUUGUUUUUUGACGGUGGAAAUGGAAAUGAAUCGGGAAACGGAAACGCAAUUCAUGCUCGAAAGCAACGGUUUCGCGUCUCAUGAUAGCCUAGCUAGGCCGCAAUUGGUGCCCGUGGACGAAAGAAAGAUAUCCCUUUGCUUUGCUAUGCUCUGCUCUGCUCUAACUUUUUUGUCUCUAUUAUGUUAUCCAUGUCAUGUUAACCAGAAAUAUCCGAUGCUCGCUGGAUCCGAAGUUCGAGAAAUGGGCCUUCAAAGGGCCCGUCCCUGUUUCCAUUACGUUAUAUACUCUCCGUUUGUUGCGCCUGCGGGUUGGAUACCACCUUUUUGCGCCGUCCUAUUUGAGGUUUUAUCUUUCGCUGUGAGGGAAAGCCGCGUCGUAUGGAAUGAUUUCCGUAAUGGUCUUCGCUUUGGUACAUGUACGAAGGGUACAAAAAUACUUGUGAGAAAACAGGAUAAGAUGAGUCCCCCACUUAAUAUAGGACAAGUGGACAAACAUGCCAUUAUCAAUGUUCCAGGAGAAGAAAGACUAGAGUACUUAUACAGGCCCACUUUUCAAAUUCGUACAGAUCCGUAGAACUCCCCAAGAUUUGAUUCAAACAGAGAAGAAACACCUUUAUCCUCAAAAGUGGUAUCUGGUACGAAAUGCCCCAGUCUACCAAUGAACCCUAAAUUUAGGAAAAAGAUAAGCAGCCAGACC